CACGUGACUGGCUCUGCUCUCAGGCCAUCAUGGCGUCUCCCAGUGGGAAGGGAGCCCGGGCGCCGGAGGCUCCUGGCUGCGGGCCCCGGCCGCUCGCUCGGGACUUGGUGGACUCUGUGGACGACGCCGAGGGGCUGUACGUGGCUGUCGAGCGGUGUCCGCUGUGCAACACUACCCGCCGGCGGCUGACCUGCGCCAAGUGCGUCCAGAACGGCGAUUUCGUUUACUUCGACGGCCGCGACCGGGAGAGGUUUAUAGACAAGAAAGAAAGGUUAAGCCAACUUAAGAGCAAGCAAGAAGAAUUUCAAAAAGAAGUGUUAAAAGCUAUGGAAGGAAAAUGGAUAACAGAUCAGUUGAGAUGGAAAAUAAUGUCCUGCAAGAUGAGGAUUGAACAGCUGAAACAAACAAUAUGUAAAGGGAAUGAAGAAAUGAAAAUAAAUUCUGAAGGCCUUCUCAAAACCAAGGAAAAGAACCAGAAGCUCUACACUCGGGCACAGCGGCACCAGGAGAAAAAGGAGAAGAUUCAGAGGCACAAUCGCAGACUUGGUGACCUAGUAGAAAAAAAAACCAUUGACUUAAGAAGUCAUUAUGAGCGUCUGGCAAAACUUCGGCGAUCUCAUAUAUUAGAGCUCACCUCUGUCAUUUUUCCAAUCGAGGAAGUAAAGACUAGUGUGAGAGAUCCUGCAGAUGUGUCCUCAGAGAGCGACAGUGCCAUGACCUCCAGCACCGUGAGCAAGCUUGCCGAAGCCCGGAGGACGACUUACCUCUCGGGAAGAUGGGUCUGUGACGAUCACAACGGGGACACCAGCAUUAGCAUCACAGGGCCUUGGAUUAGCCUUCCCAACAACGGGGACUACUCUGCCUACUACAGUUGGGUGGAAGAGAAGAAAACCACGCAGGGGCCUGACAUGGAGCACAGUAACCCCGCUUACACAAUCAGCGCCGCCUUGUGCUACGCGACUCAGCUGCUCAACAUCUUGUCUCAUAUACUUGACAUAAAUCUUCCUAAAAAGCUGUGCAACAGUGAAUUUUGUGGGGAAAAUCUCAGUAGACAGAAAUUUACUCGAGCAGUGAAGAAACUGAAUGCAAAUAUUCUUUACCUGUGCUUUUCUCAGCAUGUAAACUUAGAUCAGUUACAACCACUGCAUACUCUCAGGAACCUAAUGUACCUGGUCAGUCCGAGCUCUGAACACCUGGGCAGGUCGGGACCCUUUGAAGUGCGAGCUGACCUGGAGGAGUCCAUGGAGUUCGUGGACCCCAGCGCUGCUGGGGAAUCAGACGAGAGCGGCGACGAGCGCGUCAGUGAUGAGGAGACAGACCUGGGCACGGACUGGGAGAACCUGCCGAGCCCCCGCUUCUGUGAUAUCCCUUCCCAGCCCGUGGAGGGCUCCCAGAGCCAGAGCAGUCAGGUGUCCCCGCCCAUCGCGAGCAGCAGUGCGGGCGGGAUGAUCUCGUCCGCCGCCGCCUCGGUGACCUCCUGGUUUAAGGCUUACACUGGACACCGCUAGUGCGCACCGGCCGAAGUGCGCCAGGUUUGUGUCAAGAAAGUUGUUCUUCCGCUACACUCGAGUAAACUUUGUGUGUUCCGUUAAGAUAGUGCCUGGAACAAAAAGAGGUUAAACUGUUGGUUUUUUUUUAAAGCAGGGAGGACAAGCAUUUCUAUGUAUCAAAUGGCCGAUGGGGUGACCCACAUGCUUAUGCUAGAAUAGCUAGCUAGGUCAGGGGUCCCUCUGCCCAGACCCGUGUUGGUGGAAGACGAGCGUGUGUGUGCUGGUCUGCUGAAGCAGAAAAUUCACCUGGGCUCCCUUUGGUCAUGGGCCACUGGGCCUGCAGAGGCAGGCUGACACUUUGGUCCUUGUGAUGCCGAGACUGUUCCUGAACACUUUAUGUUUUAGAAGUUGAAUCACAAGCCAGUGAUUCUUGAUGAUUAGGACUUGAAAGAUAAAAACUGUUUCAUAUGAGUUUGUGCUUAUGCCAUCAUUUUUUGUAUGGAGCACCAGCAGGCAAUUUGAAAUACUUGAUUUCUUUAGAAUAUGGUCAUGUUUGUUUUUUAGGUCAAGGAUGUUGGUUUUGUUUGGGAGGGGCUUAUGGGGAGGGGGUAGUAGAAAGUUAUUUCACUCAUGCUGCUGCUGUCAUAGCUUGUCAGACAUUCCUGUUUUUCUUUCUCCCACACGCCAAAGAAAUGAAGGUCUUUAUUUUUGGACCCACAUCCAUGAACAGAAGAAAUCCCAGCUGCAAGUAUGGCUGGAGGUUUAAAAACUAUAUUCUUAUAUUCUGAAAGGAAUUAAAUUCAUUCUCACCUAGGUUAUUGAAUUCUACCAUCUAUACUAUGUGCAUUUUGAAAUUGAACUUAUUUUUUUGAGUGAAAAGUCAUUAAGGUGGUUCCCUUAUGUAAGCUAAAUGCCUGCCUGGGCUCAGGUUAAAAGCCACUUAACUAAAUGGCCUCUGGUCAUUCUUCUGGUGUCCGCCGUUUUUUUCUAAGGGAUUCAGUAGGUGGCGGGUUUUCCCAGGGAAAACCAUCCUGCUUGCUUGCUUAGAGGUCUUUGUUGCUCUAGGGACACUCCCUUCACUCAGAAAUGCAGAGCGAAUCACAGCUGAUCCUACUCUUCUCUGACAGAAUUUUCCCUCACCAAGAGAUCAUUUUCAGCCAAUGUGUCGUCGUGUCAUUCUCUUAGUGACAAUCUCACAAGAAAACUGUAGAGAGGCAUUAUGUACAAAUGUGUAAGUAGUUUUUUAUUUUUAAUAAUUGCAAAAACUCCUAUGUAACAACUACAAAAAGAAAUCCUAUGGAAAAAUUUCUAACAGGCAUUAUUACCGUAUCUUGUUAGUGUGAUGAGCAUGACCGUACCUCAGAUAAAUCAUUCAGAGACCUACCCUACCCUAGCUUCUUUUCUUCCUGUAAUUAUUAUAGUUGAUACUUUGCCUCCGAAUCCGAGGUGCUAUAUAGCUUUUGCUAUUGGUAUAUUUAACGUUUGGUAGAGUUGCAGAAGAAGGGUGUUUAUUCCUAUCCAGGAGUUCCAAGUUCCCGGACUCUAUGAAUUUUCCACUCAGGGAGGUAACAGGCUUUGCUCCAUGUGGGUUCUUAGUAGCUGGUGUCAGUACUCAGCUUCGUGACGGCUGAGCUAGCGUAGUACCACCCAGGUCGGAAGUUCGUAGGGAAUGGGUACGUAGACUUGAACAAAUACCAAAUGAACUUAAAAUCCCAUGAGGUUAGGGUUGUCUAGGCACUUCAAAUCCUCAAGAAGAGUUUAGUUUCAAGCUGAGAGAAUACGGAAGACAGAUUUGGGGCUUGGGGAUAGAGAUUGACUUAUAAAAGAUGCACAGUUAUCAUGGUUUUUCUCCCGUAGGCCGCUUAAGAAACCAUGAGUGUGAGAUUACAGUAAAGAAUAGAAACCAGAGAUCACAACUCCUGUCUAAAGAGUAAGUCAACAAAACUUAAAGGACACAGGAAGUAGGGAUUGAUAGAGUAUAUUUUGUUGUUUUUUUAUAUCAACUAGAGGCACUUUAUUUAGGGUUAAAUGAUCAAACCCUUUAGUGGUUUGGAACACCAACAUACUGGCUUACACUGCUGAGAUAUUUUGGUUUUCAUUAUUUUGCACUGGAUCCACUCUGUAAAUAUUCUUAAAUACACAUUUCAACCACUGUUUUUUCCUACUCUCUUUGCUGCUCAUUAAAAUCUUUCAUGUAGGUGCCAGAACCAUAUGUAAACAGCUUUUUAAAAAACUGAAGCUGGUAUUUUUUUUUUAAACAAAAGCCAUAGAACUUGGGUCAUGUUUUCCAUAUAAAAUGAUUUUGUUGAAACAAGGUAAUACUAAUAAAAACCUACAGGCACCAAAUAGACUGCUUAAAAUGGUCGAUUAAAGACUUCUUUUUUGGGAUGGACUAUAGGAGAAGUUUUGCACAUCUGUAAAUUAAAGGGAAAAACUGUAUGUUAACAUUGGGUAUAUGGACAGGAUUCACUUAAGGAUUCAUGUAUCAAUAAUUUGGGAAAGAACAUUCAGGGCCAUGCUGUUUUUAAAAGAACCACAGUGUCUGAGAAUCUCCUUGUGGUGUAAUGUUGCAGGAAUUUCCCAUUACUCUGCGACUUCCAAACCAGUUUGAGUCAUAACAAAUGUUUUCUAAACUUUUAUUGUAUUAUUGCAAUAAAUCUUUUAACAGUA